GCUCUAUUCUUGCUCUCAAAAAUGCCACUGGAAACUGUGGGGGAAAAAAUAGAAGCUGAACGAUUAUUUGACGCUGUGAAUGUACUUCUUUACUUGCAACACAAAAAUGGAGGUUUUGCACCCUGGGAGCCAAUAAGAUCACCGCCAUGGUUGGAG